AUGGCCGCUGCUGGCUCCAUCACUGUUGCCGUUCGCGUUCGGCCUCCGACCCCAUCCGAGGCCGCACGUCUCCCCCAGCAAGUAUACGACGCAUGCAUCCGUGGCGACGGUGCCCUCUCCACGCCGGGGCGCGUGGCCAACACAUCAACGCUCCGCGACAUUGUUCAAAUCGUCGAUGACCGCGUCCUCACCUUCGACCCGAUGGAGAAGGACCAGACCCGCGCAUUCGUCGAGCGGGGGUUCCUUCCACCAGGCACGAAGCGGUACAAGGACAGGAGGUUCAUAUUCGACCGCGUCUUCAGACAUGACGCGACACAGGCGGAGGUGUACGGGGCGACCGCGCGUCCGCUGCUCAAGACCCUGUUGGAUGGGUACAACACCACAAUCUUUGCUUACGGCGCUACCGGCUGUGGCAAGACGCACACAAUAAGCGGCACAGACUCCGACCCAGGAAUCAUCUAUCUCACAAUGGCGGACCUCUUCCAGGAGAUCGAGGACCGCAAAGAAGACUACAUCGUCGACGUCAUGGUCACCUUCCUAGAAAUCUACAACGAGGAGAUCCGCGACCUCCUCGCCGAGCCCGGCAACCCCGCCCCGCGCGGUGGUCUGCAAAUACGAGAAGACAAGAGCGUCAAGGUCGUCGGUCUCACCGAGCUCCGUCCUAUGAACGCAGACGAGGUGAAGCAGAUCGUUCUCCUUGGGAACUCGCGCCGCACGCAGAGUCCAACACACGCAAACGAGACGAGUUCGCGUUCGCAUGCCGUCCUCCAAGUACACGUGACCCAAGCCCCACGGACUGCUGCAUUGACCGAGCAGAAGACGAUGGCGACGCUUUCUAUCAUCGACCUGGCGGGCAGCGAGCGCGCGGCCGCGACGACGAACAUGGGCCAGCGCAUGGUAGAAGGCGCGAACAUCAACAAGUCGCUUCUCGCCCUCGGCAACUGCAUCAACGCCCUCUGCGAGAGCGGGGGCGCCAUCCGCCACGUGCCCUACCGGAACAGCAAGCUCACGCGGCUGCUCAAGUUUUCGCUUGGGGGCAACUGCAAGACGGUGAUGAUCGUCUGCGUCGCGCCGACGAGCGCGCACUUCGACGACACGCACAACACGCUUAUCUACGCUGAGCGUGCGACGAAGAUAAAGACCAAGGUCAUCACGCGCAACGUCGUCAACGUCGACCGCCAUGUCGGCCAGUACGUCGAGGCGAUCAACCGCCUCAACCUCGAGGUCGCCGAGCUCAAGGAGAAGCUUGCGGGUAGGCGCGACCAGGAGCGCGAGGCGGAGAAGCGCAAGCGUCGCGAGGCGCUGCUUGAAGUCGAGCGGGCCAAGAGCGACCUGAAGCUCAAAGCGGAGCAGAUGCAGCCCAGCAUCGCGGACGGCGCGAACUGCGCGGGCAAGCUCGCCGUUGCCGAGGCGAAGCUCAAGGUUAUCCGCGCGCGUCUCGCAGAGCUGGACGCGCAGGCCGCGGACUCGUCCACCCCACUCUCUUCCGACCUCGAGACGGAGCGGGUGUUGCUGCAGGCUCUGGCUGGCCCCGAGGAGCAGAUCCUCAGGGCGGAGAGCGCGCUCAACGUCCGCGUGCAGCGCGCGAGCAACUCCGGGGCGCUCUUCGACGCCACCCUGCGAGCUGUCCAGGAGCGCCGCUCGUCAGACAAGCUGGACGAGGUUUCUGUGGAGAACGUGAAGCUGGACGCUCGCUGGCGCAAGGCAGAUAUGGAGCGUGUCAAGGCGGAGGCGCAGACACAGGCCCUCCGAGAAGCGGUCACCGCGCAGACGGAGGCGCUUGUGAGCCUCGUUGGGCUCGUCGGACGCUGCACGGUCAUGCUUGGGGAGGCGGGGAGAGCGCUUACCGCUGCGACGGGGGAGGGCCGCGAAGGGCUCGAGUCGACGGCGAAGUCGCUCAGCGUCUCGCUGAAGAGCGUCGCGGAGGGCAACGACGCGGCGUUCAAGUCGCUCCUUGGGCACUCGAUCGCUUCCUAUACCGUCGCCCCUGUCCAGGAAAGCGCGUCCGCGCUCAGCAGCUUCAAAGGAUUCGCGAGCCUUGGCCAUGGACGCGUCGUGUCUGGUCCAAUCGUGUCACAGCAAUCGAAGACGAAGGUGUCACGGCGGUCUUCCUCGUAUGGCUCCAGCUCUCCUCUCCGCAAAUCGGUCAAGAGUCCGCGGAGAUCGCUUCGUUCGAGCCUUGCGGCAUCAUCGGCGCCGUAUAGGCGCGUAUCGGACAAGGACAAGGGGAAGAAGAAGGGCGUCCAGUGGCGAGACUACGCGGGCCAGGGCGACCUUGACGACGGCGGCGAGGGAUCCGCUUCUGGUUCGGGACCCGUGGUCGUCUCCGUCACCCCCGCCGAUGCCGGCUCAGCAUCGUUCUCGAUCCCGGCGGAGACAUCGCAGCGUAACGUGUCCAUCGGGGGCUCCGAGAGCGAAUGGGAGGACGAGAAAACGGACACGAGCAUGGAAUUCACCCUCUUCUCCAAACCCUCGACGUCCUCCGCCGGCGCGUCGUCGUCUUCCGCCAGCAGCUCCACGCGCGGCGCUCUCGGGAAGCGACCAAGGGCAAGCCGUCUCGAUCCUGGUUUCCUCAAGUCACGGUCACGCGCCUCGGCACUGGGCAGCCUCGUCGAGGACGACGAGUCUGCAGCGCUGGGCUCGCCGCAGCGCAACGCUCCGCUCAUGGACCGCAACAUGAACCGCGCCCCUUCUCCCUCAGACGAGUCGAGCAGCUCGUCGACGGCCGUAGGCAAGGCGCGCGAGCGGCACCACAACAGCCCCGCCAAGCGCGGGCCGUCGACCCCCAAGGCUGCCAGCAAGAGUGGCCACAGUCGCCGGCGGUCGAACAUCGGGCCCAUGCGCGUCGAGCGGCCCCGGCGGCGGUCGAGCCUGAUCCCCCAGCUGUCGCCCCAGGCCCGCGCCUCGCUGGGCGGCGGGGGCUCAUCCUCCGUCCUCGGCAAGGGUCCCAGGCGGGUGCCGCUGGGCGAGCGAUCGCCGGCGAAGCGGCCGAAGAGGAUGUCGUUGCUGGCGGUGUCCUCUGCGCGCAUCGCGUCUAGCCGGCUGAAGGCCGCGGACCCGAACGCGAGCAUGGACGUCAGCUUCCGCAGCGGGAGCGCUGCUGGCGGCUCGAGGCCGACUUGGCGGUGA